UAUAAUAAUGUUAUGUUUAUAGAGCUGAUUGAGUCUAGAUGUGAUAAGCUUUGUACAGUUGAACAUCGGUAUGGACGUCACACAUCGUCAGUGACCUGAAGGUGGGAUUAUCUUAAGGGAUUAUCUGAAGGGGAAUAUCUGGGCCACAAAGACGUUUUUUCUCUCAGGAUUAGAGGUCUUGCAGGAGAUGUGCGCCGGAGAAAUCUGACUAGCGACACAACAACAAUAUCAUUGCGUUUUGCAACAACUGAAAGCAUAGUAAUCGGAGUCGACAAAAAGAAAUUUACACAUGCUCGGAGCUUUUGCAGUGAACAAUUAAACCACAAGUUUACAUGGUAUGACAAUGGGCUGGAAGUUCACAGGGUCAAUAGUUGUGGCAGUGGUCGCUGUCUUUGUGUAUUGGAAGGUGUUCUCUGGUCCAUCAAGAAUUGUUGAAAUCUUAGAUGAGGAGUAUGAUUAUAUCAUUGUUGGUGCAGGAUCUGCAGGCUGUGUGUUGGCCAACAGAUUGUCUGAGGAUUCAGAUUCCAAAGUACUGCUAGUGGAAGCAGGAGGGGAGGAGAAAUGGAACCUGUUGAUUGACAUCCCCUUGUUAACUCCAAUGACACAACUCAGUGAUAUUGAUUGGCAGUUUAAGACAGUUCCCCAGCAACAUGCCUGCAAAGGAAUGCAUAACAAUCAAUGUCGGUGGCCAAGGGGUAAAGUCCUAGGGGGCAGCAGUUGUCUUAAUUACAUGAUUUAUAUUCGUGGGAGUCGACAUGACUUUGACCAAUGGGCUGCCAGUGGCUGUGAAGGAUGGGGCUACGAUGACGUUCUUCCAUAUUUUAUGAAAUCUGAGGAUAACACAAAUGCAGAAUAUGCAAAUUCAGGUUUUCACGGUAAGGGAGGCCCUCUGACAGUGUCAGAUUCCAACGUAACAGAACUGACAUCUUAUUUUCUUGAAUCUGCCAAAGAGCUCAACUACCCAGUGAUAGAUGUCAAUGGAGAGUCACAAAUAGGAUUUAUGCACUCCCAGGCCACUGUGAAUAAGGGUGUGCGCCAAAGUACUGCUAAAGCUUUUCUACGACCAGCAAUGGAUAGAGAAAAUCUCCACAUAUCCAUCAAAUCACAUACAAAAAGGGUUCUGAUUGAAAACAAGAAGGCAGUGGGUAUAGAAUUUAUCAAGGAUGGAACUCUCCGGAAAGUCAAAGCAAGAAAGGAAGUAAUUCUGUCUGCGGGGUCAAUUGGUUCACCCCACAUACUGCUGCUGUCAGGUGUUGGGCCCAAAGAACAUCUGAGAAAAUUCCAGAUCCCAGUAGAGGCUGAUCUCCCAGUGGGUGAGAACCUAGAAGACCACAUCAUGACUGACAUUGCCACGUUCCUAAUUGAUAAACCUCUGAGCAUAACAGAGGACAAAGUGCUGUCUGUUUCUUCCUUUUUUGAUUACCUGCUUUAUGGUAAAGGCCAAACUGAGAGUUUUAUGCACAGACAGUCUCUCACAUACCUUGAGUUUCAUGUUUUCCUACAAGCUUCUUCAAAAACUCUGUGGAAGAGAGCCCUGUACAUGAGCAUAAGAAAAUGUUUACCAUCAAAUUGUGGUCUGGAAGGAAGUGCUUUUUUUGACACAGUAAGAGAAGUUCCUGAUGCAAUGUCAGGAAUGCAGUUACAUCUUCUUGCAUCUCAUCCAGGAAAUGACCCAUAUAAACAGUAUGCGGCUAAUGUAAAUUUUCAAAAUGAGGUAUUUGAAGCUAUACAUGGGGGCAGAGCUGGAAUGCAUGGCUUCUCUAUCUUUCCCAUUUUAUUGCACCCUAAGAGCAGGGGAACCAUACGCUUGAAGAGCACGGACCCGUUUGAACACCCAGAAAUAGACCCCCACUAUCUGGAACACCCUGAUGAUGUUAAAGUGAUGGUGGAAGCAAUGAAGCUGGCUAUCAAAGUAGGCAAUACAACAGCAUUUAAGAAGAUAGGAGCCCAGUUGUCAGACAGAGUACUUCCUUCCUGUAGCCACCAUAAGCCACUGUCAGAUGACUACCUGGCGUGUUACAUUCAUCAUAUCACUCUGACUGUGUAUCAUCCUACCAGUACAUGUCGUAUGGGGGCACCUGCUGAUGCCAUGGCAGUAGUGGACCCACAGCUCAGAGUGAAGGGUAUAGCAGGACUGCGUGUGGCUGAUGCCUCUAUCAUGCCUCAUGUUGUAUCAGGAAAUACCAAUGCCCCUACCAUCAUGAUAGGAGAGAAAGCAGCGGAUUUGAUCAGGGGAAAGAAAAUGGCAGACAAAAAAUAAAUAAUAUGUUAUCAUCAUGUAUUUUUUGAUACAGUAUGUACUUAAAUAGUUCAUUCAGAUAUUUGAGAGAAGUUUUAAACCAUAUGCGACAUUUUUGCUCAGUUCCAAAGAAAACCAGUGUUAUUUUAAGCAAGUAUUGAUAUGAGUCCUCCAGAUGUCAUGGGCAUACAAUCAAUUUUUCAGUAACACAAAGAUAUGAACUGUCUUGAAGUGGAAACUUUUAAAUGUUAUAUUAGUUAAUGAUAUAGUUUUAUUAUCAGAACUGACAGUCUGAUAUCAUUGCUUGUUCAUUUACCACCAUUUUCGAUACAUUCCAUAUAUGUUAUUGUAAUCUUUGUUACUUGAAUCCAUAUUUUGAUUUUUACUCUCAGUAAGUAGCUAUUAUAAUUUGGUAUAUUUCACUCGAUGCUACUUAAUGGAUUUUACCUCAAGCACAAAGGUUUAAUAAAAUAUAUUUGAGUACG